UUCACCUGACUCACAUUAGCAAAACCCCAUUCCAGUUUUUUCAUACCGUCGCUAAUAUGUAUUACUAUAUAAUGCAAAUAUAGUCUACGUUAAUGGCUGGUGGUUUAGUUUUGCUAAGUGGAUCUUCCCUUUAAGAGUUAGCUGCCAGUUAGCUUAGCAUUUUGAACAUUUAGCAAUUGAUAGUAGUUAACUGGGUGAGCUAGCUGCUCCAUGGGAGACAAAACUUAUAUUUAACUACCAAAUCAACGUGCCAACAGAGUUUGUCAAUAUGGAAAAGAUAGCUAAAGAUGUGGGAGAUAUCCAGUCUCGACUGUUGGACCACAGACCGGUCAUCAAUGCAGAGGUCCGCUACUUUGUGAGAGAGUUUGAGGAAAAACGAGGACACAGGGAGAGCAGACUGCUGGAGAACCUCAAUAAAAUGGUUCCAGAAACAAAUGAGCAAAUGCUGCCAACGGACUUACAGGGCAUGCUGUCUGAUGUUGUUACACGGUUGGAGGCUGCUAAUCACAUGGCAGACAGAGUCCAGCAGAGGGAGCUCGAGGCACAGCAGAGCACCCAGCUGCAGGCGAACAUGGAGCAUUUGAAAGAUGAUUGGGCAGAGUUUCUGAAGGAGCAGCAGAGAUUAAAGGAGGAGGUGGAUGAGGAGCACGCCAAGGCUGUAGGACAACUCAGCACCCGGUACAGCGAAAAGAAGAAGGACUUGACCAAAUUUUCGCCCUUCUAAUCAGUUUGUGAGUGUGUUUGAGGGAACAAAACUCUCUCAUUACACGCUUGUGUUUGUCACAGACCUGGAUGUCUGUUCUGCACGUGCAAAACAAGGCUAUCGGCUUUGAUCGAUGAACUUGGUGGUUGGCAUAGAAGUUUUACACCUGCACAAGACUCAAUAGUUUCCAAAUCAUAAAUAUGAAAGUUUGAUUAACAGCAUUUCACAGGCCAUCAAACUCACCACUUUCUGUCUUUAGAACAUGGAAUUUUCACAGUGCCUAAACGGUCUGGAAUAUGUCUUUUUUUUUUUUUUUUUUUAAACAAGCAAUCGUGUGAUUGUUCCUUGGCCGUGAAGUUCUCAACAUUUCAAGAUUUUUAAUGGAUGCCUGCCUGAAGGGUGUUGGUGAUAAAUUUGCGUCAGCCUCAAGUUGAAAGGAACCUGGAGUUUGGAACCAAGACGAGAUAUUCACAUCGCUGAAGGCCAGGUGGUUAAAUGUUAGAAAGGCCUUUCUGAGCAGGUGUGUUUAAAGCACAGGUCAAGUGUUGUAGAAACGAGCUCAAACAGAACGCUUUCCAGAACAAAUCAUCACUCAGCAGCUCUCCCGUGUUUGGAACAUUUGACCUCUGACAUUAACUUCAAGUAAACCAACUGUCUAUGAAGUAACUUUGAUGAUAAAAGGCCUUUGCUGAAACCAAUUUAAAUGAUCAGCUGCAGCUGUUUUUUGUUUGCUUUGCCACCUCAAAUCUGAUUUGAAUAAAUCUCAAAUCCAGUA